AUGAUGGAGUGGAAAAACCAGAAGCUCUGUCGUUCCAAUUCUGUCCUGUUUGGGUCAGGAUCUUUGAACUACCCGCCAAUUAUGAUGACAAGUAAGAUUGGGGCAGUGGUAGCGGGGGUUAUUGGUCAGGUCUUGGAAGUGGACGAACAGCUAGGGAACUUUAUCAGGGUUCGCGUGAAGAUGGAUGUUACCAGGCCUAUCCUAGAUGAAACUACAGUCACCUCUCCUUUUGGUGACUAUGAGGUGGAAUUUAGGUAUGAGGAUUUGCCUGACAUCUGUCGAGUAUGUGGUUUAUUUGACCAUACCAGCGAGAAUGAUUGUCUGCUGGCAACUGAGAUGAGGAAGACGCAAGGGUCUGUUACCAAGAAGUACACAGCCCGAAUCAAGCCAGAGUCUCCUUGGUUUAAAUCGGCUAGAUUUGGUGAUGGCGAUGGUAGCUUUCGGUUGGGUUGCAUGGGGUCUCGACAAUCCAGUCCUUUAUCGAUUUCUUCUGGGGUUCCAAUGCCUCCAGGCAGGGAAGGGCGAUCUACUCAGCAAUCGCCGUCGGUAGGAAGUCAGGGUCGACGUUUCAGGAACCACGUGGAUAGUAUGUUACUUCGAGGAAGGUCGGUGGCGCGUCCUUUGUUCCCAGGUGAAGUUUCUUGUGAAGUAAUAUCUCGGUUACCGGAAAAUAAUGGUGGUCCGGUGGCUGGUGAGGUGGAAAGAUCAGUUGAGAGGAUGGUGGAGUCAGUUACGCAAAGAGGGGGGUUAGUUGAAAGUUCGGCGGAUGAGUUGUAUGGGGAUUUGAAUCUAUCCGCAAGAAUCGGGGAAGCUACAAAGGUGGUGCAACAGCCACAGCCGAAAUUUGGGGGUGAUUUUUUUAUAACAGAAAGCUCCUCAAAUUCAGCAGCAAGGAGCGUCCAACAGCGACGUAAAGGAAAGGGAAAACAGAGGAUUUCUUGGGCUUCUUCAACAGAUUCAAUAGGCAGUUCGUUUGGUUCAAUUCCUGGGAUUGGGCGGAUGAGAAGAGGUCAAGGGAGGUUAGGGCCUGAUUUGAUGCACUUGGUUAGUGGGCUUGCUGCAGGCCCAAGUGCAGGUCCAAAUCUAAUUAAUCAAGUGAAUGCAGCAGGUCUUGGCGAGAAUUCAAAUGCUUAUGAUCCUAAUUCACCCUUUGUUUUUAGUGCUGGAGUUUCUAUAGGGGCGAGGAAAAUAAGAACUUGGAAAAAGCAUGCCAGGGCCUCAGACAAGUAUACUUUUGAAGCAUUGAGCAAGAGUACUGCUGUCAAGGUGGGGGAUAAGAGAAAUUCAGUGCAACCUGUGCGUACUCGAGGGGUCUAUAUCGCUGAUACGGAUGCUGCUGCAGGAGGAGGAGGAGUCACUGGUGUAAGAGGAGGUGGUGUCUCUUCUUCUAAUGCUGAUGGUAACAAUGGUGCAAAGGCUGGGGCAGGAGACUUUAAUGAAAUCUUAUCUAAUGAUGAAAAAAUUGGAGGCGCUAUGCGACCUCAACGUCAAAUGAAUUUGUUUCGAGAGGUGGUAGAUGCUUGUGGUUUUCAUGAUAUUCCUGUUAAAGGGUCAUUAAUGACUUGGUCUAGGCGUAUGGGUGAUGAGAUUGUUUUUGAGCGGUUAGAUAGAUAUUUUGCUACGGAGAGUUGGUUGGAGAAGUUUCAAUUUUCUUUUGUACAGAGUUUACUGACUUCGGUCUCUGAUCACUUACCAUUAUUGGUCCAUGUCUUGGAAAGGCCGGAGUUGGAGUGUCGAAGUAGAGGUCAAUUUCGUUUUGAAGCAAUGUGGCUGUUACAUAAGGAUAUUGAUAAGGUUGUCGAAGAGGGAUGGAAUGGAGUAGUGAGUAGUGAUGUUCAACAGCGAAUUAGAAAUUGUGGGAAGAUGUUGGAGGACUGGAAUAGACGUGUAUUUGGGAAUGUCAAGGAAGAAGUUAUGUGGAGACAACGAGCGAAGAUGUCGUGGUUGAAGGAAGGAGACCGAAACUCCAGGUUUUUCCAUUCCGUAGCUACACAUCGGAAGCGCCGAAAUACUAUUGUUUCGAUACAAGAUGAGAUGGGGCAUUGGCAGACUGAUUGUGUAUCGGUGGAAAAUGUUAUUGUGAAGUACUAUAAGGAUAUUUUUUCGUCGUUACAUCCAACUAUUCAUCAGAUACAUCAAGUAACAGGGCUGGUGGAUAGGCGUGUUUCUACUUCUAUGAGUGCCAUGUUAGAUAGAGAAUUUACGAGAGAAGAGGUACGCGUGGCGGUGUUUGAUAUGGAACCCAAUAAGUCUGCAGGACCAGAUGGAAUGUCUCCGUUAUUCUAUCAAUGGUUUUGGAACAUUGUCGGGGAGGAGGUGCUUGCGAAUCGGUUAAAAGAAGUGUUGCCUCAUAUUAUUGGGCCGACGCAAAGCGCUUUUAUUCCAGGACGGAUGAUUUUUGAUAGUGCUUUAAUUGCUUUUGAAAAUGUACAUUACAUGAACAACAAGAGGUCGGGUAGUGAUUAUCAUAUGGCAUUGAAGCUAGACCUUAGUAAAGCAUAUGAUCGUGCUGAGUGGGAUUUUCUUGAAGGAAUCAUGAGGCAAAUGGGUUUUUCUGAUCGUUGGAUAGGUUUGGUUAUGGUUAGUGUUAGAACUGUGACGUAUUCAAUUUUGAUAAAUGGGAUACAAUCGGAGAAGGUUGUGCCAACAAGAAGAGUUCGACAAGGGGAUUCUUUGUCGCCCUAUUUAUUUCUGCUUUGCAUGGAGGGUUUGUCCAGUAUGUUGCAGCAUGCUGAGCGCGUUGGGGAUAUAAGGGGAAUUUCCAUUGCUCGAAAUGCUCUAAGGGUCUCGCAUUUAUUCUUUGCGGAUGACAGUCUUUUGUUUGUCAGAACAUCAUUGGCUGAAUGUGACGCGAUUAUGCGGAUAUUGAAAGUUUAUGAAUUAGCGUCUGGGAAAUUUAUAAACAUUGAUAAGUCAGCGGUGUUGUUCAGUAAGAACACUCCUGAAGAUUUACGGAAGGCAAUUCAGCAUCAUUUGGGAGUACAAAAGAUUUUGUCCCGGGACAAGUAUCUGGGGAUGCCGAUAAUGAUAGGUAAGUCAAAAAGGGCGGAACUGGAAGUUAUUAAGGAUAGAUUGUGGAAACGGAUACAGAGCUGGAGUGGUCGAUUAUUAUCUAUUGCAAGUAAGGCAGUCAUGAUUCAAGCGGUAGCCCAGGUAAUUCCAACGUAUCUGAUGAGCUGUUUUAAGUUCCCAAAGUCAUUUCUUCAUGAAUUGAAUAUGUUAAUUGCGAGGUUUUGGUGGGGUAGUACUGAUACAAAGCGGAAGAUCCAUUGGAAGGCAUGGGAUGAUCUUUGUGUUUCAAAGUUGGAUGGGGGUUUGGGAUUUCGGGAUUUCGAAGCUUUUAAUUUGGCUUUGUUAGCAAAACAAUGUUGGCGGCUGAUUCGAAAUGAAAAUUCCCUGUGUUAUCGGAUUCUCUGGGCUAAGUACUUUCGCAAUAAUACUUUUAUGAAGGCGAAGUUAGGACAUAAUCCUUCCUUUGUAUGGCGUAGUCUCCUAGCUGGCCGUGAGGUGCUACGGGGUGGAAGCCGAUGGCGAGUAGGAAAUGGUUAUGAGAUAGAUGUUUGGAGUGAUAAUUGGUUGAAUAAGCCUCCAACGUUUAAACCACAAGCCCAAAUAGGAACUAUAUGUCAUGCCACCACAAUAAGCUCUUUAAUGGACUAUCCUGGUCAUUGGGAUUUGGAUCUUUUACAAGAGUUGGUUGUUCCUGAGGAUGUCACACGUAUACUUUGUAUUCCAUUGUCUAUUUUACCUUAUAGAGAUACAUUGAUUUGGAAUGAUACGGCUAAUGGAAUCUAUACAAUUAAGAGUGGCUACCACGUUGCUAGGAGAAUGCUUGGGAAAGAGGUGAGUUCGGUAGAUGGUAGACUUUCUCGGUGGCCAAUUGUGUGGGGGGCAUCAGUAUUGCCAAAGAUUAAGUUUUUCAUGUGGAGAUUAUUGCAUAAUAUUUUGCCAAGGAAAGACCAAUUGAUUCGAUCGGUUUGGGAGCUCUCUUGUCCGUGGCUUAUGGGGUAUUUGUAUAGAUGGUAUGGAAGGGAAGAUUUUUGGGACUGUUUGUUGGAGAAAGCCGCCCAGCUAGGAUCGAUGGAGAUAGUUUUAACGACCAUGUGGAGAUUAUGGUCCAAUCGCAACAAGUCCUUACAUGAAAACGUUUGCUCUCUUCCUUCCACGUUAUGUACUUCGGUUGCUAGGCUUUUGAGUGAAGUUGGGACAGCUCAACGGAGGUUUGUGGAGCCUAGGCAACAAGAGGGUCCUUCGACGUGGGUUCCUCCAUGUCUAGCGAAUUUCAAGAUUAAUACGGAUGCGGCUUACUAUUUUAUUAGCCAAGAAGCUGGUCUAGGAGUAGUUAUACGGGAUGUCGAUGGUAUUGUUCUGUUUACUGCCACUGCCAGGAUAAAUAGUGUGCCUAAUGCUCUUUUUGCAGAGGUUUAUGCCAUAAGGUUUGGAUUGAUUUUGGCAUAUUCGUAUGGGCUUUUAUCAGCUGAGGUAGAAAGUGAUUCUUUGCAAGCUGUGGUGGAGUUAAAUAGAACAGACUCUUCCUUGUGGGAAUGA